AUGCGGCGGCUGCUGGCGUCCGGAGGCGUCCGGGGACUGGGGGCCGGUGUGGGCGCGCGUCCUGCCGCGGGGUUCUGCCACCCCGGGCGCACGAGCCGCCGGGCUUCCGACGCCCCUCGGAACCGGCCCCCUAGCUCCGACCUCGUGGCCCGGACGACGGGAGUCUGCUCCAUGAUGCGGCUGCCCGUGCGGGCCUCCCCCGAGGGGCUGGACGCCGCCUUUGUCGGGGUGCCCCUGGACAUUGGGACCUCCAACCGGCCCGGGGCGAGAUUCGGACCCCGACGCAUCCGGGAAGAAUCAGUGAUGCUGCGGACAGUCAAUCCUAGCACGGGGGCCCUCCCUUUCCAGUCCCUCGUGGUCGCAGACUUAGGCGAUGUGAACAUCAAUCUGAAUAAUCUCCAGGACAGCUGCCGGCUAAUUCGAGAGGCCUAUGAGAAAAUUGUAGCAGCUGGCUGUAUUCCUCUGACCUUGGGUGGAGAUCACACAAUCACAUAUCCCAUAUUGCAAGCAAUAGCAAAAAAGCACGGCCCUGUGGGGCUGCUGCACGUGGAUGCUCACAUGGACAUGGUUGACAAGGCUCUAGGAGAGAAGCUCCAUCAUGGGACGCCCUUCCGCCAGUGCGUGGACGAGGGACUCCUGGACUGUAAGCGGGUGGUGCAGAUCGGCAUCCGGGGCUCUUCCAUGACCUUGGAUCCCUACAGAUACAAUCGGAGUCAGGGCUUCCGGGUCGUCCUGGCGGAAGAUUGCUGGAUGAAGUCGCUGGUUCCUCUGAUGGGGGAAGUGAGGCAGCAGGUGGGAGACAGACCCAUCUAUAUCAGCUUUGAUAUUGACGCCCUGGAUCCCGCCUAUGCCCCAGGGGCGGGGACACCUGAAAUUGCUGGCCUCACCCCUAGCCAGGCUCUGGAGAUCAUCCGGGGUUGUCAAGGCCUGAAUGUGGUGGGUUGUGAACUUGUGGAAGUUUCACCGCUGUAUGAUCCUUCUGGAAAUACGGCCCUCCUGGCGGCUAACCUGCUAUUUGAGAUGCUGUGUGCUCUCCCCAAAGUGACAAUUGUCUGAGUCUUGUGCCG